CCCUUCUGCAGCUUAUGUAGCGUGUAAGUCGCUUUGGCAACCAAAGACGCAAAUCUUGAUGUUUAUCCCUAGUUGGUGAGGUAUAAUCUUGUGACUUUCCGUUUGCGUAAACUCCAGGUACGCACUGAUUGGCCGUUGCCAUUUUAAGAAAGGGCGCACCCACCUGUACUUACGUUCUACCUGUACGUAAGUUCUACCACACAAGCACCGAACUUCUACCUCGCCCGUACCAGAAGAACGAGAUCAAAAUGCGCCUGCUUGUGUUUGCGGCUCUGGCCGCCGCCUUGGUACUGGCCGAGUCCGCUGCUCUGGACAAGAAAGACCUCAGCAAGGUGUUACUGCAGGAACUUCAGGAGAUGGUCUCUGCUAAGGAGAAGCAGGAACAGGCCCGGCCCAAGGGUGACCAGGAUAAGAGGCAGGACGACGACGAUGGACUCCCAGACAUGCACGUGAUAUUUGAGGACUGCCGUGACCGCGCGUUUAUCGGUGUCCUGCUCUCUCCAGACGAGGCCGUGAGCCUGGUGCAAGCCGCGGAGCAGACCCAAGGAUGGAUUGCAGAGGGAAUCAACAUCUACACCAUGGGAGCAUUCUUCUUCGAAGACAGGGACGAUUGGAUGCUGGGUAAUUACCUGACGUCAGAGUGGGCAGUCGGGAUCGUGUCGGGCCUGCAUGGAGUGCCCCCGCCUGUUUGUGUGUACGGCACGACCGGAUGCGACAUUUCAGGCUACACUAAAACCCUAGCGGACAAGGAUGACAUUGCAUUCUCUGGAUACGGGAUGGCCAUGACAGAUGCUAUCCCAUUGGUCGGUUCGCACAUCAGCGACACUGGAGAGAUUGACGAGGAUGCGAUCCAUACGGACGUGGCUGCGAAAGGGUCCCGCCAUGCCGGGCACAUGGUGGGGUACGGAGAGGCCGUGACGGGCGUGUCCGCGGCUCUCGGCGUUGAGUCUCCAGUGGAGGCAAAGAAGUCUUUGGCUGCCUCGAAGAAGAACACCGAGGUGAGGCCUUACAAGUGUCUUUGUGACGUUAUAUAAGCCAAC